CAUCAAAAUAAUAUCCUAUCAACAUACAUAGCUAGCAAAUGUGGAUAGUAUUCAAAAAGGAGUCUUCUUGAAAAAGCAUUUGUAUUUCAUUCUUCAUUGAAGUAGGACGUGUGUUUUUUUUAAGUUGUCAAUUUUUCAAAAUUAAAAUUUGUGUUGACAAAUAAUUUUGUUGUCAAAAAUUUCAAUAAUAUUAUAUUUGAAAAAUAAAAUGAACAAUCAAAAAUUUAAAAAUAUUUUAGAAUUAAAUAAAGAAGAAAAACAAAAAUUUUUGGAUUCAUUUGAUAUUGUCUUAUCAGAUUGUGACGGUGUUCUUUGGUUAAUAAUUGGUCCAAUAAAAAAUUCUGGAUUAGCAUUAAAUCUUCUUAAAGAUGCUGGUAAAACUUGUCAUCUAGUUUCUAAUAAUUGUUUACGUUCCGAAAAUGAAUAUUAUGAUAAGUUAACACAAAUGAAUGUGAAAAAUAUUUCUGAAAUAGAAGUUGUAACACCAAUUAAAUCAGUCAUAAAUUAUUUAAAAAAGAUUAAUAUGAGAAAACCGGUAUACACAAUCGCUGAUAAAUAUUUCAAUGAAUGUUUGGAAAAAUCUGGAUUUAAAGUAUUAAAUAUUGAAAAUAAAAUAUAUGAAAAUGUACAACAAUUUGCCAAUGAUUUACCAGUAAAAGAUGAAGUUGGUGCUGUUAUUUUUGAUAUUGAUUUAAAUUUAAAUGUUACAAAAUUAGAUAGAGCAAAUAAAUAUUUACAAGAUCCAAAUUGUAUAUUUAUGGUUGGUGCAUGUGAUGCUGUAAUGCCAUUAAAAGAAGAUUUAAAUGUUAUUGGACCAGAAAUAUUUAUAAAUUUAUUAAGAAAAUUAUCUAAUAAAACACCAUAUGUUUUAGGAAAACCAGGUGUUCUUUUAGCUGAUUAUUUAUUUGAACGUUUUAAUAUUAUUGAUCCAAAACGUGUUCUAUUUAUUGGUGAUAAUUUGGUUCAAGAUAUUGGAUUUGCAUUAAAUAAUGAUUUUCAAGCAUUAUUAGUUCUAUCAGGUGCUUCAAAUAAAGCUGAUGUUCAACAAUUACCGGAAGUAAAACAACCACAUUAUUUUGCUAAUAGUAUUGUAGAUUUUGUUGAAUUUUUUAAUGAUUUGAAAAAUUGAAGUUUUUUUUUAAUAUUAUAUUAAUCGCAAAAUAAUAAUGAAAUUGCAAUUGUAAUAAUAUUA